AUGGCAGCCGAGCUCUCCAAGAUAUGUUUCUGCAUCACUACACUGCUCUUUGUUACAAUGGCCUCAUCGGCAAAUGACACAAUGCCUGCAGAUAAUGAGAUUCCAUUCGCUGCUUCAUCUCCAUCUCCAUCUCCUUAUCCCGAGCUUCCUGAAAGCGGAGGAGAUUCUUCGCUCUCUUCAGAUGCAUCGGAAUAUUCUCCACCACCACCGCCGCCUUAUACUGAUGCUUUAGCAGCUGAAAUAGAGGCAGAGCAGCUUAAUCUCUCUCCAGACUACUCUCCUUCCCCUGCUCCUUACUUCACACAAUACCCUUCUCCUCCUCCUUACAUUGAAGUUGAGGCUCCUGAAGUCUAUGAGCUUUACACUCCAACUCAAGCUCCAGCACCGGAACCAUCUUCUGUGUUCGGAUCCGAUCAAUUAUCCGAUACUGAGCCUGGUUCUCCUGUCUCUGACAUGGCUCCUAAUCCUACUGUAUUGUCGUCCAACUACAGAGCAGAAGACGAGACUGUUGAAUUUGACGAUGAGUAUUAUAGUUCGGAGCAAAGUAAAAACAGGGUAACAAUGGUUGGUUUUGUGCUUGGUGCUGUUUGCUUGGUUGGAUUGGCGGGUAUUGUGUUCAAUAAGAAGAAAUAUAGCAAGUCCAAAGCAGAGUACGAUUACGAAUUGGCUAAGAGAGAAGAUCUCUGA